AUGUUGGAAGGCUUGGAUAUCCUCGCGCGCGAGCGCGCCGAAAACCCUUUCGGUCAAGGACGUAUCUUUGUGGACGCAGCGUCGCACACUGCCCAGCAAAUUGAGCGCAUGGUUCCGGGUACACCUCACGAUCAGACGGCCAUGUUCAGCCGUUUCCGCCGCGGCCUUGUCCUAACGAACGUGAUCCUCCCCAUUCCCGAGGCGCUGCAGGGUGUCAGUCCGCCCGAGCUAUUCCACUCCAUCGUCGGGUGGUUGUAUGGCGACAUGCACCCGGCUGCCAUCGUCAGCGAUCUCAUGACACAGCCGCAGCCGGGCACCAGGGGUCUCUCUCGGGCUCCAAAGGUAAUGGACCUCGCCGACGCGGUUAUUGAGAAAGAGGCGGUGGCUUGCAUCCUUCGUGAAGUUGCAACUACCCGGUCUCUGGUGCGGAGGGGCGUUCUCGGCGAUGAGUGUGUGGCUGUGCUCCCAUGGGCGUCACCGAGCGUGCAAGUCAAUUUCCCCAACGUUGCGAAGGGCGACGAGUGGUUGAACCAUAUCCCAACGGCGCACCGCCCGGGGUGGUGUUGA